AUGCCAAAGAAAUUCGUAUCAAAUAUUUAUUAUCAUUCCGUGCUAAUUCCCCGACUACAGACUCAUAAUCGGCAAAAUAGGAAAUUAUUCAAGAUGGUGUAUUUUAUCACGAGGAUAUCGAAAAGAUUCGCGCAGGUAGCAAUCAACUGCAGCCGCGCGGCUCACCAGACCGCCCUCCGCGGUAACAAGCUAAGUCCGCAAGUCGCUGCUCUGACUCCAAAGGUCAGGGCAUUUGUGGAGCGCAGUGCCGCCCUCUGUGAACCGGAGCAUGUCCACGUCUGCGACGGGUCUGAGGCUGAAGCCAGUGCGCUGCUGCAGCUCAUGCAAAAUCAGGGCACCCUUAAAGCUCUGCCCAAGUAUGAUAACUGUUGGCUAGCUCGCACAGACCCAGUGGACGUAGCGAGAGUCGAAUCUCGCACCUACAUUUGCUCGGAGCAUGAAAGAGACGUGGUGCCAGUCGCACGCGCAGGUCAGAAGAGUGCUCUUGGGAACUACAUCACACCGCCAGAUUACGAUAAGGCUGUAGCCGAAAGGUUCCCAGGAUGUAUGAGAGGACGCACAAUGUAUGUUAUACCAUUCUCGAUGGGACCCGUUGGUUCUCCACUAUCCAAGAUCGGCGUGGAGGUCACCGACUCCCCGUACGUGGUUUACUCUAUGAGGGUCAUGACAAGAAUAGGAGCGUCUGUGCUGGAGGCACUCCGUAAAGAUGAGCACUUCGUCCGGUGUCUGCACUCCGUGGGCCGUUCGGAUAGCCCAACUGUGGGAUGGCCUUGCGAUCCAGCCCGGACCAUCAUCCUCCACCGGCCUGCAGAUAACGAAAUCGUUAGCUACGGUAGUGGCUACGGAGGCAACAGUCUGUUGGGAAAGAAGUGCUUCGCCCUUCGUCUGGGGUCCGUGUUGGCGAGGCGUGAAGGCUGGCUGGCUGAACACAUGCUGAUUGUAGGCGUGACAGAUCCGAAAGGUCGCAAGCGGUACAUCGCCGCCGCGUUCCCAUCAGCUUGCGGAAAGACGAACCUCGCGAUGAUGACUCCUACUCUACCUGGGUACAAAGUGGAGUGUGUGGGUGACGACAUCGCGUGGAUGAAGUUCGACAAACAUGGCGUCUUGAGAGCCAUCAACCCGGAAAAUGGUUUCUUCGGUGUUGCUCCAGGCACUUCAAGUUCAACGAACCCCAUCGCCAUGGCAUCAGUAUUCCAAAACACAGUAUUCACUAACGUCGCCGAGACCAAUGAUGGCGGUGUGUGGUGGGAGGGAAUGGGAGACGCCCCGGAAGGCAUUACUGACUGGAAGGGAAAGCCCUGGGACAAGACUAUGAAGAUCCCGGCCGCACAUCCUAACUCAAGAUUCUGCACACCAGCAAGCAACUGUCCCAUCAUAGACGGAGACUGGGAGAGCUCUGAAGGAGUACCAAUAUCCGCCAUAUUACUGGGCGGGCGGCGCCCAGCCGGUGUACCACUAGUCGUCGAAGCUAGAGACUGGGCCCACGGCGUCUUCCUUGGCGCUUCCAUGAGAUCUGAGGCGACUGCUGCUGCAGAGCACGCUAGCAAAGUUGUAAUGCACGACCCAUUCGCAAUGAGACCAUUCUUCGGCUACAACUUCGGGGAGUAUUUGAGACAUUGGCUGUCGAUGCCACAAGCUGGAAGGCAGAUGCCCAAGAUAUUCCAUGUUAACUGGUUCAGGAAGGAUCAGCAGGGCAAAUUCCUCUGGCCCGGUUUCGGUGACAACUCUCGCGUCUUGGACUGGGUACUUCGCAGAUGUGCUGAAGAGCCUUGCCACACCGAGACACCUUUGGGUUACGUGCCUAAGGACGAUGCCCUGGACACCAGCAACCUUGGAAAUAUCAACAUGAAGGAACUCUUCAGCAUUCCGAAGGACUUCUGGUUACAGGAGGCUAACGCAAUAGAAAAAUACUUCAAGGAAGAAGUAGGCGAAGAUUUACCAAACGAAAUGUGGGACCAACUGAUGAUCCUCAAGAAGAAUAUUCAGAAAUCAUAG